AUGUCAACACAGUCAAAACUAGCUCAAGAAUCUUCUCAAUUUUUGCCUUCUUUGGCAUUAAAUUGGUACUUGUCAGAAUUGACAGCACACCCCUUGCGAACUAAGGCGGUCACUUCCGGAAUUCUUUCGGGCUUGCAAGAGUAUAUCGCGCAAGAGUUGAGUGGUAGUCGUAAGAGAAAGUUAAAACAGAUUGAAAAGAAAACAAUAUUCGGUAGCGAAAAUAAUGAAAGAGUUGUAAAAAUGGUGAUAUACGGAUUCUUUAUUAGUGGACCACUUGGGCAUUUUCUUUUUCAGACAUUAAACAAAGUAUUUGCAGGGCGUACGACAAGUGGUGCCAAAUUGCUCCAAAUCAUUGCUUCGAAUUUAAUCAUUUCUCCUAUUCAAAACGCAGUGUUUUUGGCUGCAAUGGCUAUAAUUGGAGGUGUUAAAACGCCAGCACAUGUAUAUGGUGUAGUAAGAGACUCUCUCUGGAAGUUGAUGAGAAUAUCAUGGGUCGUUUCCCCAUUAACGAUGGCCUAUGCUCAACGAUACUUGGAACCGAAACUCUGGGUACCUUUUUUCAAUCUCGUUGGAUUCAUAUUUGGUGUAGUCGCUAAUACGAAAGCAAAACGGGUUCAACAACAGAAGAAUCGAGAUAGAGAAAUACAAGAAAUACAAAAAGAGACUGAAAAGAUAAAAGAAGAAACUGAAAAGACGACACAGGUGGAACCUACUGAAAAAGAGGAAGUAGAGCUUGAUACUAUUGAAACGAUUGAAAAAUUUGAAGAACUAGAAAGGGAUAAUUGA